AUGGUUCCUGGUGGCCGAACUGGCGCAGCUGCACAUGAUCCGUUCUCUCUCGGCCGACGAAUAGACAUUCUACGAACGGGCAAUCAAAUUGCCAUAUCCUCAUACCUGGCGGAAGAGGAUACAUCCUUCCAUGGCAUCGAGGUUCCUUUCCGAAACUUCAACCUUGCACUUGUGGAUAACGUGGCCGCUGAGUAUUCUUUCAUGACUGAGAUGUUCUCUACCAUGUCAUUCCAACAAAUUUCGCGAAAGGCUUCCGAGGUUUUCAGCUCCAUCUUUUCCCUUGGCCAAGGGCUAGCCAAGCAACUGGUUGAGAACACCACAGACUCUCUGGGCGUGUUGAUGUGCGUACGACUAAACCAGCAGGCUGCAUUUGAGCUACAGCGGCGGAAAGUGCCAGUCGCAGAUUCCUACAUCAACGGGAUCAAUAUGCUUCUUUGGCCCCGAUUCCAAGUCAUUAUGGACACGCAUUGCGAAUCACUGAAGCGAAUAGGCACAAACACAGGCCGCAGUGCGGUCUCUGCUUUGUCUCUUGCAGGCGGUGAUGACCUAAACCAAUCCUCCGCACCUCAUUUUCUCACCCAGCGUUUUGGCCAGUUGCUACAUGGUAUCCUCGUGCUCAGUAGCGAGGCAGGCGACGAUGAGCCUGUAGCAAACAGUCUUGCACGGCUAACGACCGAGUUCGACGGUCUCUUGACCAAACUCAGCCGAAUCGGUGGGGAUGCGAAGCGGAGAGAGCGUUUCCUCUACAAUAACUAUUCUUUGAUAAUGACCAUAAUUAGCGUAAGUGGCCGCUCCUAUUGCUGGGGCAGCGCUAACAGCACGGCAGGAUACGCAAGGCAAGUUAGCAACGGAACGAAAGCAGCACUUUGA